UAUUAAAUCGUAAAAUAAUUGCUUUGUAUUUUAUUAAUAUGCAAAUUACAUUUUCAUAUUUUUAAUGCCAAAUCUAAUGAGGUCUAUAUCCCCACAAUGCAUUGAGUUACAGUUUUCAGUCAUUUGUGAGCAACUGAAAGUAACACUACAUAGCUUCGAAAUGAAAUUACUUUAUAUGGUUCUCUUAAUAGGUACCUUGAGUGCCAUUUGUCUUGGCCAAAAGGAACCCAUCUGCAGAUCUGAUCCGAGUGUUGUAGGAAAUUGUGGGCAUAAAAUUAAAGGGUAUACCUAUGAAGGCCGGAAAAAUAGUUGCAAGAAGUUCCGGGCGAAGGCAUGUAAGGUAACUGGAAACUUUUUCCGUUGCAGGGAUGCGUGCAAUGCGAAGUGCAAGGACAACGGGAAGCCUGCUCAAAGCGGAGUCUUCGAAUUCUUCAAUCGAACUGUGUCGCAGUUUCUGCAGAUGAUCUUAAGCCUAAUGAGUUGGGCCGGAUUUUGAACCAAUAAACUAUGAAUC